AUGGGAGUCACAGGCACUCCCACAUCGUUCAGUCGCCCAAAGUGGACUCCUCCCCAAGAAACGCAUUUGCAACUUCUCGCAACGUCGUCCCUGAACGAAUUCAUCGACGGAUGCAAUCUCACAAGCGGCGAAUGGACGUUGAACGGCUGCUCGAACCAAGCUCCAUUGCUUGUUCGCAACACCGCGCCACAUGCGAUGGCAAGUUCGGUGCAGCUGGCGGGUACCAUUGACGAGAUUGCGCACAUCUUCAGACGUUUCCAGCCUUUUCAGCCCUUCGAUGCCAAAGAGUCGGCUUGCAUCGGAUUUCUGGGCUCCAAGUCCAAUCAUCACCACAUUGCCAUUCAGUGGAUGCUCCUGGACACCCCUCCGCUCACACGCGGCCGCGAUGCCUGCAUCAUGGAUACACGCAAUGUGUUUUCACGAGAUGGGAAGCGGGGCUACGCAUGCCUGUUUCAAUCGAUCGAUAUCCCGGAAUGCCCAAACCUCGAAGUCUCCCACAAAUAUGUUCGCGCCAACAUCCAGCACUCGGGUUACGUUUUCACUGAAAUUCACCGUGGUCUUGUGAAUGUCGUGCAGUCGCUUCACGUGGCCUUUGGUGGACAUUUCCCGGCAUGCUUCGCCCAUAGGUACAUGAAGAAGCAAGUGGCCACAAUCAAAUCGUUGGAGAUGUACAUUCGACAAAUCCGAAUUCAAGACGCGGCAUUGCUGUACCCAGUCCAACCAUACAAGCAGUGCCCAUGUUGUCGCAAGGUGUUUGGCAUGUUCGAGCGCACAAAAUCAUGCGUUGGAUGCGACGAAGUGGUUUGCGUCGGUUGUUGCUCCAUUGGUCUCGUUCAUGGCAGAAAGGUUGUGCCGCUUUGCAUUCCGUGCGUCUUGAUUUCGAUCUCAAUGCCAUCAACGUCGUCUCUUGGAGUACUUCGAGCUCAGAUCGAACGCCAUGUCUCGUCCGUCGACUACCCGGAAGAAGAACAAGAUGUCAAGGAGCAGGCGUCUUCGAUUACCGGCCGAUCCAAUAUGUACAUCAUGCGUUCGUUGGAAGAAACCCAUGCGAUGUCGGAAGAUGUUGAAUUUGACACCCCCCAACCGCAACGCGUUCCCCCACUUGGCCGAAACCGAGGUCGGUCCGAGAACAGCAGCGGCGUGUGGGAAGACGCAAUUUGGAAGUUCCACUCCAACCUGGAGCGCUUCAAGCACCACAAGCUCUCACGGACAAUCUAAUGCUAACCGCGGACCCCACGGAGAAAUCGCCAUGGCACCACUGGUAGUUCCAUAAUGUUUUUCUACUAGUAGUACAUACUACAAGUAGUACUUCACACCACAAAUUUCAAAGUCAAAUUCCCCAACAAAAAAUAGAUGAGAAUUCAAUUUAACAUCAAGAUCGUGUCCUUU